UCCGCGACCGUAAUUCACGAAUUAAGUGCCAGUCAGCUGGGCAUAGCCAGUCAACAACAAUUGCACCUGCAACAACAACAACAACAACAACAACAGCAAAUGGGUCAAGCACCUGGUAUGGGUGAGGUACUCACCCCGAAGAGGCAGGCGAUCGUAGACCGCCUACGACGAAGACUCGAGAGUUACCGGCGCAGACAAAACGACUGCAUUCCCAGGUUUGAUCAGAGUUUCAACGGAUUGUGCGAGCAGAACAUACAGGAUACCUUGAUGUUGAAGCAACGCUUCCUUGAGAGUAAAGCCAAGCGGCAAGCCAAAAAGACAGACAAGAAGCAAAACGAUCCGAUCGGCCUCUCCAACGUUCACAUGAAUUUCAAGGCUAUGUCAGCCGACGCCGAUGUUUACGUGAUAAUCCGAAUUGUAUAUGCGCGUGAGAGGUUGUCAAUAAUAUUCGAGGAAGCGCUUCCAGAAGACACAAAUUAUAACUAA